GGCUUAUCCAUGCCACCAUCUCUACCCCAGCUCUCCUUUCUCAACCGACACUCGUCUUGAGCUUCAGCCUUGCCAAAUUCAAGAUGCUUUCCUUUAUCCUCAUCCAGAAUCGACAGGGCAAGACUCGUCUCGCAAAAUGGUACGCCCCUUUUAGCGACGAGCAAAAGAUCAAGCUUAAAGGCGAAGUCCAUCGCCUCGUCGCACCCCGCGAUCAAAAAUAUCAGUCCAACUUUGUCGAGUUCCGAAACAACAAGAUUGUUUACCGCCGCUACGCAGGUCUUUUCUUCUGCGCCUGCGUCGACACAAACGAUAACGAGCUCGCCUACCUCGAGGCCAUUCACUUCUUCGUCGAGGUCCUCGAUGCCUUUUUCGGAAACGUCUGCGAGCUUGAUCUUGUUUUCAACUUUUAUAAGGUCUAUGCGAUUCUUGACGAGGUGUUUUUGGCAGGCGAGAUUGAGGAGACGAGUAAACAGGUUGUGCUUACACGGUUGGAGCAUCUCGACAAGUUAGAAUAAGGACUAUGCUGGGUUGAGCUCUGAAAGGCCGUGAGAAUAGGUGGAAUGUUUUGAAAUACUGCUUCAUCUGGCCGAAAUCGUCAUUUGCAUAUCAUAAGGGCAGGCAGGAGUUGAGGCGUUUCGUGGAGGCAUCCACAAUAUCGAGAAUAUACCAUUAUCGCUGCUUUGUCCU